AUGCAAAUUUUGUAUGUUUGGAUGCUCUAUUCCUUUGCUCAGGGUGAUACUUUACGUAGGUGGCGAACUGAACCUUUCAUCAUGAUAACUGAUGGGUACCUCCUGCUUUGCCAACAACCAAAGAGUCCAAAAAAUGAGGAAAUUGGAGCCACAUUUGCUGCUGGAAGAAGCAUGAUCCUAAACCCAAAGUUGUUGUUUGGCUGCUGCUGUAGUGAAUUGGAGACAAAUUUCAUCCAUGAACAUCACAACUUAAAAGGAUUUAAUGUGGAGACUAUUGAGUACAAGAACAUCAGCUUCACUGUUUGGGAUGUUGGUGAUACGACCUUUGUGGAUGCACAACUUCCAGAACACACAAGGGCUUAUCUUUGUGGUUGA